GUUACAGAUUCUGUUACCCUAUUGAAAAUCCAGGAUGCAGCUCUUUCUUGUGAAAGAUUAUUAGAACUUAAAAAAAAUCACUGUGAACUACUUACAGUAAAAAUUAAAAAAAUGGAAGAUAAGGUUAAUGUACUACAGAAGGAGCUGUCUGAAACAAAAGAAAUAAAAUCACAGUUAGAGCAUCAAAAAGUUGAAUGGGAACGAGAACUGUGCUCUUUAAGAUUUAGCCUAAACCAAGAAGAAGAGAAGAGAAGAAAUGCUGAUAUGUUGUAUGAAAAAAUUAGGGAACAGUUAAGAGGGAAAGAAGAGCAAUAUAGGAAAGAAGUUGAAGUGAAACAGCAACUUGAACUGACUCUCCAAACACUGGAGAUGGAAUUAAGAACUGUAAAAAGUAAUUUGAAUCAGGUUGUACAAGAGCGAAAUGACACUCAGAGGCAACUUUCUCGAGAACAGAAUGCCAGAGUGUUACAAGAUGGAAUUCUGACCAAUCACCUUUCCAAACAAAAGGAGAUUGAAAUGACUCAAAAGAAAAUGAAUUCUGAGAAUUCUCAUAGUCAUGAAGAAGAAAAAGGCCUAUUGCAUAAAAAUAGUGUGUUGCAGGAAGAAAUUGCUAUGCUAAGACUAGAAAUAGACACAAUAAAAAAUCAAAACCAGGAAAAAGAAAAGAAAUGUUUUGAGGACAUUGAAAUUGCGAAAGAAAAGAAUGAAGACCUUCAGAAGACUAUAAAACAGAAUGAGGAAACAUUAACACAAACAAUAUCCCAGUAUAAUGGAUGACUUAAUGUUCUGACAGCAGAGAAUGCGAUGCUAAAGUCUAAACUGGAGAAUGAAAAGCAAAGCAAGGACAGACUGGAAACAGAAGUUGAAUCAUACCGUGCUCGACUGGCUGCUGCUAUACAUGAUCGUGAUCAAAGUGAGACAUCAAAAAGAGACCUAGAACUUGCUUUCCAGAGAGCAAGAGAUGAGUGGUCUCGUUUACAAGACAGAAUGCAUUUUGAUGUGUCUAACCUAAAAGAUAACAAUGAGAUUCUUUCUCAACAACUUUCUAAAACGGAAAGUAAACUCAAUAGCCUAGAAAUUGAGCUCCAUCACGUGAGAAAUGCCCUCAGAGAAAAGACUUUGGGUUUAGAACGGGUACAAACAGACCUAAGCCAAACACAGUGUCAACUGAAGGAAAUGGAACAAAAGUAUCAAAAUGAACAAGUUAAAGUGAAUAAAUACAUUGGAAAGCAGGAGUCUGUAGAGGAGAGAUUGUCUCAACUACAAAGUGAGAAUACGUUGCUUCGACAACAACUGGACGAUGACCACAACAAGGCUGACAAAGAGAAGACAGUGAUUAAUAUCCAAGAGCAGUUUCAUGCUAUUGUACAAAAGCUGCAAGCUGAGAGCGAAAAGCAAAGUCUUCUGCUAGAAGAAAGAAAUAAGGAGUUAAUCAGUGAAUGUAAUCACCUAAAAGAAAGACAGUGUCAAUAUGAAAAUGAAAAGGCAGAAAGAGAAAUUGUUGUGAGACAGCUUCAACAAGAACUGGCUGAUACCCUAAAAAAACAGUCUAUGUCAGAGGCUUCUCUGGAGGUUACAUCACGUUAUCGUAUUAAUUUAGAAGGUGAGACACAGGAUUUAAAGAAGAAAUUAGGUCAAAUCAGAAAUCAAUUGCAGGAAGCACAGGAUCAACAUGCAGAAGCUGUCAGAUGUGUUGAGAAGAUGCAAGAUCACAAGCAAAAGCUUGAAAAAGAUAAUGCCAAGUUAAAAGUUAAAAUCAAAAAGCAAAUGGACAGAAUUGAAGAGCUUCAGAAAAACUUGUUAAAUGCAGAUUUGGUAAGUCAACCUCUUAAUUUCUUUCAUCCUGAAAAGGAAUUUUAUUGUUCUAGUGGUAGAAUAAGUUGAGUAUUACUUAUU